CUCACGAUACGAGACGCAGUAAAAAACAUCCCUCCAGAUUCGAAAAUCACGGAGUAUUUUUGUGGCGUACAAGUGAAAAACCGCCCUCGCUUGCACUUAUAUGGAGAGCGCGUCGAAGUGCUGUAAUAGGAUCCCYAACACAGACAGUGAUUUGGAUUAAUUAGAAUUUCAAAACGUGCGACGUAAUAUCGCUUACGUUGCGGAGAUAAACGUACAGGAUCUGCGUUACCAAAAAAAGAAAAGAUCGGAUCGCAGUAAACAUUGUAGAUYUUCCUUCRCCAUGUACGGUCGAGGAUAUAACUACGGGAGACGACCAUAUGGAAUGACACCUCAUGAACAGCACACUCCACCACCGUUGUCUCACCAUCCAUAUGCCUAUACUCCAUCUCGUUAUGCAUUUAAUAGCUAUUCUCCAGGUAGCAACCCUUAUCCCCCUAGCACACCCUCUUCACAGUACAGCUAUGGAGCCCAGUACUACAAUGAUGUUAGAAACUUGGAAAUUGAACCAAGGGAAGAAAUGCCAGCUCCGCUACAUCAUCUACCACACUCUGUGCCUCAGAUGAUKUCUGAACAUCCUCUACCACUCGACCACAACUGUGUACCCCACGUCUCAACAAACUGCGAACAAGUUGCUGUUGAUCCUAAAACCGGAAAAAACGGCAAGAAAAGGAAAGAACGUACUGCAUUYACCAAACAUCAAAUCCAAGAACUAGAAAACGAGUUCCAAAGGAAUAACUAUCUUACGCGUCUACGUCGUUACGAGAUCGCCGUUAGUUUGGACUUAACUGAAAGACAAGUCAAAGUKUGGUUUCAGAAUCGUAGAAUGAAGUGGAAGCGAGUCAAAGGGAAACGACCCGAGAAGAAAGCGCUUGUUGGUUGCUUGGAAAGAACUGAAUUUAACGUCGAGGAAAACUAAUAUUAUCCGUAAACUGAACUCAAAGGAUAAUAAAAAAGCGAUGGAGUUUUAUACAUCACAUCACUAUGAUGUUGUAUAUACUWAACAGUGAACAGAAAACGCGCUAUUUACAGCGGUACCUCCAUUGCUUGCAAGUCAGUGUUGUACAAAAAGCCUCAAGAAUAAUAUGGCUUACAGAUGUGGAUAGUCGGUGUAAAAAGAUGUGUAGAUUUGACUAUAAUCAGUGCAGUAUACAACAUUUGUAUCCACUCUGAAUUGAUAGAAUCUAGAAACAGGACAUUAAACGUUCAGCGUUUUGGAAAGAAUCCCGCAACACAACUUCAAAUGGCCGCGACUGUUUGACGGUGGCCGUUGUCUUUCAGUGUUUUUGAUGUUUUUUUGUAAAUAUUCAGAAACUUAAAGUUAUGUCUGAACAUCCUUCAUUGAAUUUCUAAAGGCUGAUUUACACGGUACGAUGUGUCGCGCGCGACUUGUAGUAUACGAUUUUCCUACUACAAGUCGUAGGAUUUUAAAAGCAGUGGUUCAAAAUCCUAAUGCAAGUCGUAGGUUGCGUACGACUGUUGWAGACAAGUCGUAGGGGCAUUUACACUGCGCGAUUCAAGUCGUAUACUACAAAUCGCACGAGACAAUCGUGCGUGUAAAUCAGCCUUAAGCCUUUAAGCACGAGCCGAGCAGUAUAUAGACUUUAAAAUGUCACUUAGGUAACAAAGUACAUCUUGUUCAGUUUGUGCUGUAUAUUUGAAGGCAUUUCGUCUAAGUCUUGUUAAAGUGAGAAUCUGUUGUUGCAUGCGYGGACAUUGAAAGUUUAAAGCAGCUAUUGAUACAAAGUUUCAUUUUAUCAUGUAAUAUGCAAUAAUAAUUUUGAUUUUGUCAUGGUAAAGUUACGUUGAAGAACUGCAAUCAUGCAAAUGACACUAAGCUCGUAUAACGACUUUUUUAAUGGCUUCAUAUCUUAACCGCAACAGGUUAUAAAUCAAUGUCAAUUCCUGAAAUAAAAACAUUAAAUCCAAAAAUCUAUGGAGUUAAGCCAGAAUGAAAUAUAAGAAUAAAUGUGAAACAUGCUCCCGCGGCUGCAGUGUUGCUGUCGAGAGCGCUACCGUCUGCUGCUGGGAGGGGCAGAGCUCUCCUCGAAGUUUAUGAACAUUCUCAUCUUGCUUAAAUUAAAGAAAACAAAAACAGUAAGAACAGUUC